AAAAAAAAGAAAAAAGAAAAAAAGCACUGUACAACCAGAAGAGCUGCCACUCUAACUCUUGCCCUAUUUCUCUCUCUAAAAUAUAUAUACACACAAACGCCAUAGCUGCUACCUUUGAACAUAUCUUAAGCGGUGAAUGUAAUCGUGGGUUUAAACCAAUUUAUUGAGUUUACUCAGCGAUCCGAGUACCGGCCGAGUCACCCCACGAGUUGCACCACCAUGGCGAACAAUCACGGCGAGACCCCGUCCGACGAUUUCCUAGAGCAGAUAUUAGGGUUUCCCGGCUACGUCCCCGGCACGGAGGCCGGUAUGGCGGCGAGCGAGGCGGCGCAGAACGCGAUGAUGCUGCAGCUCGGCUCCGGCGACGGCUCGUCUCACCUCGGCGCCCUGGGCGGCGGGCUCGGAGUCGGAAUCGGCGGCGGAUACGGCGUUGGGGGCGGAGGUGGGGGAUUCCCCCUUGGUUUGAGCUUGGAGCAAGGGAAGGCCGGCUUCGGAGAUGCCUCGGGGAGCGGGAAGAGGUUCGUCCGGGACGAGCUCGUUGGUUCUCGCGCCUCGUCUUCUCUCAAAUCGGGUUUUCAUGGACAGCCAAUCACAAAUACAGCUCCUGCAGCGCCUCAUCCACCUGCUGUCCGCCCAAGAGUACGAGCCAGGCGAGGCCAAGCGACCGAUCCACACAGCAUUGCUGAGAGGUUGAGGCGAGAAAGGAUAGCCGAAAGGAUAAGAGCAUUGCAAGAGUUAGUUCCUAGUGUCAACAAGACUGAUAGGGCAGCUAUGCUUGAUGAAAUUGUGGAUUAUGUGAAGUUCUUGCGGCUUCAAGUGAAGGUACUGAGCAUGAGUCGAUUGGGAGGAGCUGGUGCUGUGGCUCCACUCGUAACCGACAUCCCAAUAACCUCUCUUGAGGAAGAAGGAGCUGACGGUAAUCGAGCUCAGCCUGCCUGGGAAAAGUGGUCCAACGAUGGCACGGAAAGACAAGUGGCUAAACUCAUGGAAGAAAACGUUGGGGCCGCAAUGCAAUUUCUUCAAUCUAAGGCACUCUGCAUAAUGCCCAUAUCCCUUGCAAAAGCCAUCUACCACACACCGCCUCCCGACUCUACCCCCUUUGUGAAAUCCGAGUGCGACCCGCCAUCCUAAUCCUUUCGAUAAUCAAACCCAUGAUAAUUAGUCCCACUCAAUCCAAGGUUUUCCUAAUUUUCCACCCUUUUUUUACAUAUAAUCUCCAUCUUUAAUCAUAUGCUGGGUUUGACAAAAGCUAAUGGAGAUGUAGGUAAGGCUAAAGCCAUCAUGAACUCUCAUGACUCAUUUGAUUGGGAGAAAAAGUCAAACUUUUCUUGAUAUGCUGUG